AUGGUAAAAGACGUCAAAUUAGAAGAAAGCACAGCACUGUUAGAGACUGUAUCUCUAAAGGAGCUGAAUAAAGCCCGGUUUGAAGACAAGAUUUGGAGCUGGAAAACCUGUACCUCUGCUGUCUCUGCCCAUGCUAAGUUAGUUGGAAACAACUCCAAAAAGGCUUCCAAUUCUGACAUAAACAAUUUCAACUUCCUGAAAAAGUUUGACAUCAAUUUGAAUCCUAGAAGGCAGUUAGCUACUUUGGAAAUAUAUUGGUCCCCUCCUCUUGAUGGGUGGAUCAAAUGCAACACCGAUGGUGUUGCUAUUGGCAACCCGAGUGUAGAUGCGUAUGGUGGCAUCUUCCGGAACCAUUUGGCGGAGCAUGUCUUGAGUUUUUGUGAUUUUGUUGGCAUUGAGUCUUCUAAGAAUGCUGAGUUUUUGGGUGCAUUAAAAGCCAUUGAGUUAGCUAAGCAACAUAAUUUCUCGAAAUUAUGGAUAGAAACCGAUUGUACCUUUGUUGUUAACGCUUUUAAGAAUCAUGACUUGGUGCCUUGGAAAUUCUGA